UCGGAGAUAAAGAAAAUGACCAGUUGUUUCAAAGAAAAAUUAGGGCAAGGAGGCUAUGGAAGUGUUUUCAAAGGGAAGUUAAUGGACAAAUCUCUAGUUGCUGUGAAGCUUUUGAACGAAACAAAAGGUAAUGGAGAGGAAUUCAUCAAUGAGGUAGCAAGUAUAAGCAAGACUUCUCAUGUUAACAUCGUCGCUCUUUUAGGAUUUUGUUUAGAAGGGUCCAAGAAGGCACUUAUUUAUGAGUUUAUGGCUAAUAGGUCAUUAGAGAAGUUCAUCUUUGAAAAUGAAGCAAACCUCCUUAAUGGUAAUCUCCAACUGAGCUGUGAAAUAUUGCACCAAAUUGCAAUAGGUGUUGCACGAGGACUAGAGUAUUUGCAUAGAGGGUGUAACACUCGGAUAUUGCAUUUUGACAUAAAACCUCACAAUAUUUUGUUGGAUGAGAACUUUAGCCCAAAGAUCUCAGACUUCGGACUAGCUAAAAUAUGCCUAAGAAAUGAGAGUGUUGUAUCCAUGACAGGUGCUAGAGGAACCAUAGGAUAUAUUGCUCCCGAGGUAGUUUCUAGGAAUUUUGGAGUUGUCUCUCAAAAGUCAGAUGUUUAUAGCUUUGGGAUGAUGAUUUUUGAAAUGGUUGGGGGAAGAAGGAAUGUCAAUGUGAAUGUUGAUAAUAGUAGUGAAAUAUAUUUUCCUCACUGGAUUUACAAGCGUCUAGAAUUGAAUGAAGACCUUGCGCUGAGGAGCAUUAGAAUUGAAGGUGACAAAGAGAGGAUAAGACAGAUGGUGAUAACUAGCUUAUGGUGCAUACAAACUAACCCUUCAAACCGUCCAAUGAUGAGUAAAGUGGUAGAGAUGCUUGAAGGCAGAGUUGAGACCUUGCAAGUUCCACCAAAACCUUACUUAUCAUCUCCUUCAACAUCACCGCGUUCUUCUUCUUCCUCAACUCACUGA